CCAGUCAGAGAAGGGAUGCUCUGAACGCAAGACUGCAGCAUCUUCACCGAGAGAACGAGCAGGAAAAAACGUCUCUUUCUCUGUGUGUUCCUCCAGCUCCGCGUCUCCGGACCCUCAUCACGCACCCCGUCACCCCCGGGUGUCUUCAUGAUCGGAGCCAGGACAUAAGAAGAAAGAAAUUAUAAUAGCCUACCAGUAACGCAUCGGAUUUUUUUGUAUUAGUGUUGCUUCACCGACCUUUCCUUUCCUUCUUAUUUCCUCGGUUGAUUUCACCUCUUUGUCUUUCGGUUGUGUGUGUUUUUUUGUUUUGUUUUAUUUAUUGUUUCGUUUCGCUGGCUGUUGCAGAGGAGCGCCACCAUCCUGCACUGCCUGACAUGAGUACGCUCUUUUAUCCAGUUGCAGCGGAAUGACACACAUAUCCUAGCCCGCAUCUCAAAAGGUUGAUGGAAGAUUGACGAUCCAUUUGCACGGUUUUAGUAGCCAAGAUCAAACUCCAUCUGCAGAGGUUUCGGAUUUCCCACCUCUGAGCUGAUCAUCCGCCGCUCCAGCGUUUCAUUCUUUCUGUCCCUGCGCAGCAUCUCUGUACGCACGGCGCACCACGGAGAAACGCGCAGCUAACCUUCCCCGUCCGUAAGAAACAGGCGUAUUUUCCAAUUCCUAAAUCGCUUUUGCCUUCUGCAAGGACUCAUCUGCACGUCUACGUUGCGUAAAAAAAACGGGAAAAGGGGGGAUUUAAACGCAAACGCAGCCCAAGCAUCCAAGAGCAAGCUCGAAAAUGAUGGCCGGCGGAGCAGUACAGCAAAACGGGAUUUUCUCAAAUCCUCACCAUCACAACCAACAACCACACAUGGAGUCCGAUCCCCCGGACUCACGUAAAAGACCCCUGGAGACUCCGACGGAGGCCAGCAGCACCAAACGCACAAACACGGGAGUGGCCUUCCUGCAGCCCCUUUUUGAAACUGAAGGCAUUGUUUUCCCUCACCAAGAAACUGAGACUCAUGAGGAAGGCGAGUACUUCCUGAAGGUUUUGAUUCCCAGCUAUGCAGCCGGUUCGAUCAUCGGGAAGGGAGGUCAGACCAUUGUCCAGCUGCAGAAAGAGACCGGAGCCACCAUCAAACUGUCCAAAUCCAAAGACUUCUACCCCGGGACGACAGAGCGGGUGUGUCUGAUCCAGGGGACAGUGGAAGCGCUGAACGGUGUCCAUGACUUCAUCGCUGAGAAGGUGAGGGAGAUGCCUCAGAGCACCCAGAAGACAGAGCCGGUCAGCAUCCUGCAGCCGCAGACCACCGUCAACCCAGACCGCGUCAAACAGGCCAAGCUGAUUGUCCCCAACAGCACGGCAGGGCUGAUCAUCGGUAAAGGUGGAGCUACAGUCAAGGCAGUGAUGGAGCAGUCUGGGGCUUGGGUCCAGCUAUCCCAAAAGCCUGAGGGCAUUAACCUACAGGAACGUGUGGUCACCAUCAGCGGGGAGCCCGAGCAGAAUCGCAAAGCCGUAGAGAUCAUCGUCCAGAAGAUCCAGGAGGAUCCACAGAGCUCCUCCUGCCUAAACAUCUCUUAUUCCAACAUCACGGGGCCUGUCGCCAACUCUAACCCCACUGGCUCCCCGUACGCCAACUCUACCGAGGUUAUGCCGGCCGCAGCAGCCGCUGCAGCAGCUACUGCUUCCUCCCUGCUAGGCCAAGCCAGCCUGGCUGGAGUCGGGACUUUCCCGACUACCAUGUCCAGCCUCUCAGGCAAUGACCUGUUGGCCAUCACCUCCGCCCUCAACACUCUGGCCAGCUAUGGCUACAACACCAACUCCUUGGGCCUGGGGCUGAACCCUGCUGCAGCCUCAGGGGUGUUAGCUGCUGUAGCAGCUAAUGCAAACCCAGCAGCGGCUGCCGCAGCUAAUUUGUUAGCAUCCUACGCCAGCGAUGCAACCACCAGCGCAGCUCACCCAGCGGCUGGUCUCGGAGGCUUCUCCCUGGGAUCCCUGGCUGCUGCUACAGGGGCCACCAAUGGCUACUUAAGCGCUGCAUCGCCACUGGUGGCAUCAUCUCUACUAGCCACAGAAAAGCUAGCAGAAGGAGCAAAGGAAGUGGUUGAGAUCGCUGUGCCAGAAAACCUGGUGGGAGCCAUCUUGGGGAAAGGAGGGAAGACGCUAGUGGAGUACCAGGAGCUGACCGGUGCCAGGAUCCAGAUCUCUAAGAAAGGCGAGUUCAUCCCUGGAACUCGGAACAGGAAGGUGACCAUCACAGGUUCCCAGGCCGCCACGCAAGCUGCACAGUACCUGAUCAGCCAGCGAAUCACCUACGAGCAGGGGGUACGCGCCACCAACCCACAGAAGGUGGGCUAAACCUGACAGCAAAUGAGAAACAAGGAGGAAAAGAGGGAAAAAAAGAGUGGGGGCUUGGGGGAGGAGUAUAAAAAAAGCGAGAGUGAAAAUGGAAAAAGGAGAGGAGAGCAAGAAUGUCAGAAGAAAUCGUCCACGCCGUUUCCUUCUGCGUGUUUUCAGUAUUCUCUAUUAAAAAAAAUUUUUGAAGCGAAAGCAAAAAUGUGCUGAGAAGACGAGGAGAGAGAGGAGCGAGUUAUCACGCUGAAAAACCAAGAAAAAAAUGUGUAACAUGUAAAUAAGGUUUUAUUACUUAACGUCUUGACCUUUCGGGAUUUUUUAUUGUUUUGUUUUAUUGUUUUGUUUUGUUUAGUAAAUUAAGCUGUCUGUUUGUUCGUUUGUGUAUUGUGUGGACAAAGCUGAAUGCCAUGUAGACAGGCCAACUGCCUGAGAGGCUACAAGAAGUGGGGGGAGGGAGGAAAGGGCAUGGGCGCAGAGGGGGGGAGGGUUUGCAUUUACAGGGUAGAACCCUCCAACCCCCUAUUGCAAAAAUCCCUUAUGGAAAUAACCUUUCUCCCUCCCUCCCCUGCAGCCCACACCCAUCACCCUCCCAUAGGGUUUUUGUUUUUCUUGUAGUUUUGAUUUGCCCCUUGCCCCGCCUCCUCCCAAAGCCCCUCUCACUACUUUUAUAAUGAGCAAGACUGCAAACUUCAGCCUGGUGUGUCAGCGAAGAAACGCCCUCCACUCUCCCAACACCUUUUAUUCUCUCCCCCACCUAUGAUCUCUCCUUCCCCCCUCCUUCCCCCUUUCUGGGAGAUGAAGGAAGGGUGAGGUGAAAUUGGGGAGAGGUGUGGGGGGUAGAAAAUCAGUUGGGCGUUUCUUCAUUUGCACACACACACACACACACACACACACACACACACACACACCCCGUAUACCCUGUGAUGUAUCCCACAAGCAGUGCAGCGCUGCAGGGGUGUUACGGUACGUAGCACCCCCCGCCCCCCCUCCCCCGGCCCCCCAUAUGCAGCUCUAGUGUUUGAGAUAGAAUGCCGAGGCGCACGCUGAUGACCUCACGUAGUGCGAAACCUAGAAACGACGAGAGUGAUACUGUGCAAGCUGCGGCAAACACACAGGAUCUAUGGCAUUUUUGCAGUCUGCUGUGAUAAUUCUGUUAAUGAUAUUGUCGUGAUUAUUACGAUAGGAAUCAUCACCAUCGUCAUUAUUUAUUAAUGAGUUCACCCAUAAAAAGCUCAGUUGUUUCUUUUUUUAAAUCUGUGAAUUCAGGUUGACAUGAAUGUAAAUGAGACUAUUUUUGAUUUGAAUCUCUUGUUUUAAUUUAAGUGGAUUGCAGAUGAAUAGUAAUGUCACAUAGUGUAAUAUAUGUCUUAUUUAAGUCCAGUAAGAAAGCCGCCCCAGGCAUUAAGAUCAUUACAGUGAAGGUUCACCUUAUAUAUCCAGUCAAAGAGCAGAACAGGGAACACACACUCACAUGCACACACACGUACACACUGAAACUAUAUACUAUGAUGCCAUAUUUGGUGCUAAAAAGGGAAUUCACCAUAUCUAUGAUGCAGACUGCAGUGAAACCAGUGCAGCGUCUUAGCAGCUAUAUUAACCUUAAACGCCUGGUUAUUAUGCUUGGCUAUUCUAGCUCAUGCUCCAAGAUAUCACUGCUGUUCUAUCUGUAAUAAUACGCCCUGUUACAGUUUGCCUACAAUGUAAAAUUGUAACCAAAAUGAAUAAUUGAGUUGAACUGAGACUAGUUCUAACUGCUACUGCUUAGCCUGUGGUCUUCCAAACCUUUACAUGAACCCAAACCACAGACUAGAUCAAGCAAGAGCAAGACUCACAACGUACUACUGAGAAAUGCAAACAUUGAGUAAGACAAAACACUGAAACAUGAGGAGGGAACGUUGUUCGUCCAGGUUCCACUGCUAAGUCUGCAAGCCUCGCAAGUAGAUUUGCUAUUUUAAGGCAGGGUGCAUAUCAGUAAAGGAGAUAAAUAGCCUCACUGAUCUUUGCCCUUAUCAAGCAACCGUCCGACUGCCGAUGAGGUAAAGGGCAGACAUGAGAGAUUUUCAACAUAUGUCCAGGGAGUUGAGCUUGUUUCUGCCUCUGGCAAACUGCGGGUCUCCCAUGGUAACAGGUUUACUGCCCACUGUAGACCCAGGAGGCUGCUGAAGAUGCUAUUGUUUCUUUUGUUGUUAAUUUUUUUGUUUGUGUCGUGUUAUUUUUUUACAAUCGGAGUACACUGAAUUUUUGUCUUAAUGCACUGUGAAGCGAGGGAGCGGUUCUCUCGGCCUAUGAGGUCACGGAUGUGUGCUGUAGACGGCAUCGUGAUUGGAUGGUUUUUGUAUGGCAGGGAAAAAAACACAUAUAUGAAAUAUAUGUAGAAUGCAUAUGAAGAACUUCACCAGAAAUGCACGUCAUAUCUGAAUACUGAAGGAGGAGAAAGAGAGUAGGUCGAUGAAGAGGGGAUCAAUCAAUUGAGGUCACAAGAUGAAAUCAAUUAGAUUCUACUUACCUGUUGUCUUGGAAAAGUGUUUUGUAAUUAGAGGGUGGGAUGUUGUGGGAGAGGUGUCCAGUAGCAGAUUAAAGAGACUGGAACAAAUUCUAAAUUCACUUUUCUAUAGCAGCUCUGUCAUUUUCAUACACUGUUGAAAAUGAUAAUGUACUGUACAUCCAAUGGGCAAAUCCCUGGACAGAUACUAAAGUUCAACAGGAAUCGAAGUGUGACGGAAUGUAAAAUGCCAAAAAUGAGGAGGGGGGUGCAUUUGAUUUAUUGACCUAAACAGCUUUGUGAGGGGAAGGAACUCCUCUAAGAUUUAAAAAACAAUACCUUUUGAUUCUUUUUAAACCAAUCCGACCCAAAAUCCUCCACUGUGCUAUCGAAUCUGUCACUCUGUUGGAGCGCCAGUGAGGGUUUAUCUCCACAGCUUGGUAAGGAGGCUUCUUUACUCCCAUCUAACACCAUCCACACUCUCCUCACCCUCCCUCCCACCCGUCCUCAGUCCUCCAGUGCACUCCCAUCCUGACACCCCCUCUCCUCCUACCACAUCGCUCCAUGGGUGACUAUGUCUGGUGUUACGAUCAAUGCAUGACUGCUGCUUGCCCUGACAAACACAACAGAUUGAGUCUCUCUUCUCUUUGCCUCCUCGGGCGGCUGAGGCUCGGAGACGCCCUGACGCACCACCAUCAGAAAAAUGACCACACCUGCAGAGGAAGUCGUAGUUAAGGCUCGCAGGGCACAGUGCACAAGCACUCUUAUCCGUAGUUUGGAUUGAUGCGUUUCAUUUUAUUACACUGAAGCGAAACAUUGUUAAUUUGGAAUAUCUUGCUGCACAAACAUAAAACAUACACAUAUCAUGAGGGAAUAUUUUAUCAUUGAUGGGGUUUGACUGGAUUUAUGUUUGACAUCUUGUGGCAAAAACCACAUAAGACCAUAGGAAAAAUACUGUGCUUUUGUUCCACUGUAGAACUGAACUGUGCUGUAAGCAGUCAGUAACUGAUUUUCCAUUUUAUUUAAUGCAUGUUUGUGCAGGUGUUGUUUUACAAUUUACUUAAGAAAAAAUGGCAAACAUUUAGUGAUUACAGCUUUCCAAAUGAAAGGAUUUGGUGCUUAUUUCUGUCUUAUAUUAUUGUAAAUUGAAUAUAUUGUGGUUUCGGACUGUUGGUCAGACCAAACAAGCCAUUUGUAGAGGGUUCUGGAAACUUAUGAAAGGCACUUUUCACUCUUUUCUGCAAUUUUAUAAACUGAACAAAUCAUCACAGUUAAUAUUUUGAAUGAAAAUGAAUUGAAAGAUAUGAAAAUUAUUAUUAUUUACAACCGUAGUUGUGUUAGUUUUUCCUCUAUUUGGGACAAACCUGCUUUGUAAUCUAUGGAAAGCCAAUGGGUGCAGAUUCUUUGCCAUAACCACUGCAGGUUUACUACGUUGUCCAAUUUGCCUGAAAACCUUCAAGUUUCAUCGCUACCUUAGUUUGGAUGCAGCACAGUGUGUUUACAGUGGAAAAACUGCAUCGUUCCUGUUGUAGGUGCCAGUUGUGUUGGUUAUUACGGAAACGGACAUAUUUUCAUCUCAUUGAUGAAACCUUAGGAGGAUCUUUUUUGGUUUUGUCUUUUACAUGGCGGCCAAUCUCUUUAGUUUUCUUAAUGUUAGGGGAUCGAGAUAAAAUGUGAUGAGUACUGGAAGCAAUACACGUAGUGGCAUAUUGUCUUGUCCUGUCCUUUAUCCUCUGUCUGCCAUAGGAGCUUUUGGAUUUACAUGUAGAUGAUGAAUAGGUUUACAUGAGUAAAUUUUUUUAGUUUGUGGAAAAUGCUGCUAUUUAAUAAUAACUGAUGUACUAAAAAUACAAGGUCAAAACAUAUCGAAAUCUGUCCUUUAGCUGGAGAAGCUAGUGUCAAGUGGCAGUGUAAUACACGCUCUGUUAUAAGCUGACAAUAAGUUAAUAAUAUUGUAAUUCUAACCUGAACAAGUUAAACCUGUGCCAAAAUAGGUCUUUACAGAGUGAAGCUGUAAAUGUGUUGAAUUUAACCACAUUAGAUAAGAGGAGACAUACUUUUAUAUUAAGAAAAUGUGAAAAGUGCCAAAUGAACCAUAUUUAUAAUUUACAUAGGAAGGGAGUAGUCUACGUUUUUAAGAACUAGAUAGGCUAACGGUCACAGCGCCUCAGUAUACGCCUCAGUUUGUUUAAGCCCUCUCUGUUCCUGCCAGAAGAGGCGGGGCCGCCAUGUUAGCCAGUCCUCUUGGAACUACCCUUCCCAGAAUGCAACAGCACUAUGACUCUGGGGCUAGACAAAUCAAUAUAGUGAUAGGUUAGCAUAAUUAUGCUAAAAAAAUGUGACUUGAUAGCAUUCUUAAAUACAGCCUUUUAUAGUUACAAUGAAAAUGUAUUUUGUGGAAAUAGAUGUUAUCUUUUUUGCACGUCUAUAUUGCAUGAUAUCAAAGUGAAGCGUGGACAAAAAAAAGGAAAAAAGAUCAAAGAAACAAAAAAGAAGUUACAAAAAAAUUAGGCAGUGUGUGUCAUUCAUUUUUCUGAGACAAAUCUUUGCAUGCCAAUAAGGGUAGAGCAUUUUGAUAUUGUUUUACACGCGUUCAAACGUCCGUUGUUUUUCGAUGCAACCACGUUGAGUCCACCGGCCAAACGUGAACAAAAUGUUUGAUUGUGACGUCACAACAGAAUGAGUAUUUUGCGGUUAAGUUGUCCAACCAUCCUCAAGGGGAUACAAAUAAAACUCUUGAACAAACCUAAGACUAUUUUGCUACUUGCUGAGCGAGCUUGUACUAAAAAAAUUCUCAGUUGCUAACUUUAGAAAUAAAAAUCAGGAUUUAAUUUCAUAUAAAGACUGAGGUUGUCCAUGAAUGUACUCACCUCUGCAUAAGUUUGCAUAUCACUCCUCUGACCAUUGACGUGCAGUAGAGGCUUCCCUGUGUUUUUGUGUGUUUUUGUACUCUAACAUUACUAACCCUCGAUGCACUGUGUGUCGAGAUCUCAGUAUAAGUCUGUUGUCUGUCCUCUUCCCCCCCACACACACACACUCUGAGCUCUGGCUUGUCUUGUCAUUGAUAUGCACCUUAUUGACCUCAAAUAUGACACGGAGCAUCUUCAGCCCCAUCAGUGGGGUCAGGAGAGAUUUAUAAAAAGAGAGUGUGUGAGAAAGAGAGGUGAAAACUCCCUCCCUCACAAAUCCCCAAAAAUAAACACACUGUCUGCUGCACUCUCUGUAUCCCUUGGGUGCCUCACUGCAGAAUUUGGGACAGAUUGUGUUUUCACUUCCUUAAUAUGCAAUCCAAGGCUCUGAUCUCGGAGAGAGAAACAACACUGAACAUUGCCAGUGUAUUUCCAAAGUGGUAAUGUUUUGAAUCCUGAUCCAGCCUCCUCUCUUCUCUCUCUCUCUCUCUCUCUCUCUCUCUCUCUCUUAAUCAGUUCAAUUAAAUUCAAAUAGCUUUAUUGGCAUGAACAAACACAUGUUGUUGCCUAAGCAGUUUAUAAAAGAUUCACAAAUAUUACAUAUUAUAUAUACAUAUUAAAUACACAGGUGUCACAUAAGCAGGUUCUGUAUUAAACCGAUGCAGUCCACUCUGCGAUUGCUUCUUUGAUUCUUUGGAGCUGCCACCCCUUCACCACACACAACAAAUGCCCCCCAGCUGAGUUAGAUGCUUUAUUGGCUUUAGUAUCAAACAAAAGAAAGAGAAAUUUUGCCAAAGUCUUUCCACCUCUCUCACUCUCUAAUUCAUUAUUAUGCAACCCAGAAACCAGUUUUUUCAGUGUGGUCAUGUUUUGUAUUCUGACAGAUGUUGUCAUGGGAAAUGGCUUCCUACAAAACUCCCAAAAAAGAAAAAAAAAAUCUAAAUUUCCACUUCUGCUCCUAGUGACAUGUUUGCACUAAACUUUCUGCUGUUAUUGUGCAUGGCAGGCCGGGCUAAGGUGGGGGUCAGUGUGCGAGACUACUGUAGAUGUGUAGCCUUACUGUAGGUGUUUAUUCAGCAGUGUAUUUAGAUGUGCAUGCUCCUCUCUCUCCCUCUUUCUGAGUUUGUCUGCUUUAGGCCAGCUCCGUGCUCGUGGUGUCUGUGUUGCGACGUAGCCCGCUAGUCAUGUUUUCUUUCUCUUUUUUUAUUGUGAUGCGUAGAGGAAUGCAAACUUAACUCUCACCUGCUCGCCAGGUGACCUCAUUGCUUCUUAGUGGGUGUGGCUCUCCGACAUAGUCCUCAGCUCUUGUUUAUUGCCCCUCCCCUUCACCGGCACCGCCCCACCCACACCUCCACAAACUCAAACCCACUCUCACCCACACCCACCACUGACCCUGCCACCUUUUCAAACACCCUCUAAGGCAUUUUAUGGGACCCCGCUCUUCCCCUUUUCCACCCCUCUUUCUCCCCCAACUCGGGCCCCAUCAAAGCACCAGCAACUGUAGACUGCAUUUUUCAUAUCACUGUUUUUCUGUUCCUUCUCGUUCUCUGUUGAUUUUUUUUCCUGGUUUUGAUUUGUACUGUAUGCUCUGUCUAACCUAGACCAGUUUUAACAAAAUGCCAUUUCUGUGUGUAGCCUGUUUACCCCUGCCCCACACACACACACACACACACACACACUCUCUCUCUCUUUCUCUCUCUCUCUCUCUCUCUCUCUCUUCAUGCCCUCCUUUUUGCACUUUCACUGCCCACUUCUCCUCCUUUCCUAAACAUACACACACUUUCCUCCUCCGCCUCCCACGAGUCUCUUCUCUCGAGUGCCAAAAUAGAACAGAGAGGAAAAAAACAAAACAAAAAAAGACAACAACAACAACAACUACCAUUCCAAGCGUUUCUUUGAGUUGUUCUUGUGUGUCGGACAUCCAUCCUGGAAGCACCCAUGAAGCCAGCAUGCUCCGCCCUCAUAACAUGAUGUCGCUCAUGACGCCUCAACUGAACAGCACCUUGCCCCCCACCACCACCACUCCUCCUCCUCCUCACCACCCCCCACAGAGCUAAACCCGACAAGGAUUAACCCCUCUGCAGGUUGGCUACCUACCUACUGUCCUGCCUCUCAACCUACCUAAAAAGCCCUACCGCUCAUGCCAGCUGCUUUCCUAAUUCUGUCAUCUCUUCAGCCUGUGGGACUUCAUUGAUUGUGUGCCAUAGUGUUGGGGGCACCUUUCACUCUCCUCACCUUCCCCUCUUUCUACCCCCCCUCACCUUUUCUCUCUAUACCCCCCCCCCCUCCCCCGCUCUUGCUCCAUUUGAUUUUUCUCGAUGGGAAAGAUUCAAAAACUCCAUUUUCUAAUGAUGAUUUUUUUUGUUGUCGUUUAACAUCCAAACCACGCACGCCGACACACGCACCGCCCCCAUGUGGUGAUGUGGGGAGUGUUUACGCACCGUCAGCUGCGCAGCCAUCCUCUGUCUUCUUGAACUUUUUGAACUUUCACCCCCUCAUGAACUUUAUUGACCUUCUUCCUCCUCCUCCUACCCCCCUUCUGUGUUCAUCCAACUGUUUGGACGAUAACUCUCCAUUCCAUCCCCAAAACCUCUGAGACUGUGCAAUGCUAGCUGAUAUGAUUGGAUUUUUUUGUUUGUUUGUUUGUUGCUCAUCAUUGGGGACAAUUCUCUGAGAUAUAAGUCGAAAAAGAACAAAAAAAAACAUAUGAAAGGAAGAAAAAAAAACAUCCAAAAAAAGAAAUGCAGACAAACAAAAAAAAGAAAAAACACUAAACAAUUGUUUCUCCACAAUUAAAUUUUUUUUCUCUCUCAUUGUAAAUAUUUUUGUCAGAUUUUUGCUGAGCUGUAAAGAGAGAAGUGUUGAGCAGAAAGGGGCCGGCAGCAUAAAGAGGUACUAGUGGACGCAGUAGACGAUCAUUACACUUCUCAUACUCUGUAUCGGAUAGUUAGGUCUGCCUGUAUAAUCGGCUAUGCUAGUUCUACUGUGUUAACCUGUGCUGUUGUUAUUAGUGUUGAUUUACCUACUGUAUUCGCUGUUUAGCUUCCAUGUUGGUUAGCAAACUCUGUAGAUACCUGUGCUCAUCAUAUAUUAAUACUAACCUUGAGAAGUAGUCCGAGCCAUUCUCAACGUAGGCUUGUUUUUGUACAUUUGUUGAUGUUUUCCUAACAGUGAGUUGUAGUGGCGCUAGUAUCUUUUAUCAUCAAACCAUAGUUAUUGAAAAUGCUUGGUCAUGUUAGAGACAUAUCAUCGUGGAAAACGGCUCAACUCGGCUCCUCCAGGUUAAAAAAAAAAAACCCAGGGAGGUGGACAAAAGAAAAUUAAAAAAAAAGAAAUGAAGCUCCUCCUGGGCAACAAAAUGAGGAAGCUGAGCUGCUAACCUUUGUGCAAUACAGUCCUAGUUUACAUAACAUAGAAUGAUAGUUUAACGAUGAUUAACCUCUGCAGGUGCCGCUCAACCAUCCUGCUGCCUGCAGAACCAAACUUGUGGCAUAUCUCCAUAUUUCACCUGUACAUCCGAGACAUUUUGAAAGUAUUAAAGUGACUGCGUGAGAUUAGACUCAACCAUUUCAUUGCAUUGCUCUGAGCUCCACUCUUGAUUUAUGCUGCCUGCCCCAUUGCCCUGAGAACACCACAUGAGCUAUUUAUUUCUCAGACUAUUAUUAUUAUUAUACUAUUAAUAAAUAACAACGCAACAAGAAAAAUGGAACGACUGGAAAAGGUGAAUUAAUAUUAGUAUUGUUUUGUUUUUAUUUUUAGUAUUUUAGUGGUUGCUUUUAACAACAUUCAUUAACUGACUUAAAGAGUAUUGAAUAUUUAAUGUAAUUGUAGCAUUGUGUUUGUAAAGAGAAAAAAAACUUAGUGAGUUGUGUUUCUUGACUUGUGGAUUACCAGUGAAGUGGGCAAUCUAGUGCUAAUAUAUAUGAGGUCUUUUUUUAAGGAUUCUUAUUUUUUGCGACAGCAACAGCAGUCAUUAUAAAUGUUCAUUUUAGCAUCACCUGUCUUCCGUUGUCUUAUUCUUCACCUUCCACCACACUCUGCAUCAUCACAGUAACACAUCGCAAGUCUGGGGGUGGGCAAGAGUGUGUGUUUGUGUGAGUCAUGAAGUGUGUAUGUGGGUUUGUGUGGAAUCUGGGAGCAGAUGUGUGUUUGUCAUGAACGUACGUGUGGGUGUAAGUUAACAAACUUGUGUGUUUAUUUGUGUGUGUCUAUGCAAAAUGUGGUAGAUGUGGAGUAAAUGUGUGUGUGUCCCUGUGUUUGUCUGCUCACGUGUGUAUGAGUGCAUGUUUCUGUGUGUGUGAGUGUAUGUGCUCGCUGGCUCUGUGAGAGCAGGGUUCAGGGUGGGUGUUCUGUCCAGUGUCCACCAAAAGCUAAAACCUGUCAGGAUUCCAUACCUCCUGAUGGAACCUCCUGACGUUAUAGCUGCAAACCCUCAUCAUGUGAUCUGACUCAACUCGACUGUCCAUAACCCCCUCAGUCACCUGACCAACCAAAUCAACCAAUCACUGUCCACCACUACCGCCUUCCCCUGCGCCAUCCUUUGCUGCACACCACGUCAGCCCCAUGUGAUGUUCUCCAUCGAUAACAUACUACUGUCACAAUCUACUGUUACAUGCUGACAGAUCUGGGGAUAAAUACUCAUCUAGAAUGGACGUUCAAGUGUUCAAACCUGAGGUGCACUUGCUUUUGUUUUUCAAAACAAAGUGUCAAAGUGUUUGCAAAUUAAUCAAAGCGCUCUUUAAGUUGCUCUAACAAAACAAGUAUACCUCUAGUUGUUUGAUUUCUGAAGGGUCAGCUCACCUAAAAAUAAAAGUUUUGUUUGUCAAGGUUUUGAGAUAUGUGUCUCCAAAACUUCUGCCUCAAUCCCAAAACCAAUGGAGAUGAAUGGAAUUUAGUUUGUGGUGCUCACAGCUUUGAAACUUUACAUUUAAAGAAUCAAUGGUAACCUUUCUUUGCAGAAACCGUGUCCCCGUUGCUCUGGGUAAACCACAAACGUAACAAGCGAAAUUCAGUGUUUGGGGACUGGUGACAGAAAUCUCAGAGACAGAUAUCUCAAAACAAAUACUGUUAUCCGCAUAAUUAGAUAACACUAGAGUUAAGUGAGAAAAUAUUUCACAAUUUGGAUGAACUGACCCUUUAGUCUGCAUUUGGUGCACUUGUUCCGUUUGUUUUCAUCAGCAUCAUUGGAAAGCAUUUAAAUUCAUGUAUUUUUCCCCAGAGCUGCAUAUUACAUUCUACUGUUCAUACUACUGUACGUGCUGCAUACUACCUUACCAGGACAGAUUUCACCUUAACCUGUCUUCAUGCCAAUCACCAAGGAGUCAGUUGCAAGGCAACCGGCUUCCGCCACAACAAACCAACCUACCAACCAACCAUCUUCCUCAACCGCCGAGGCCACGCCCACCUGACUAUGAGCGUUCCAUAGAAGAAGAGAUAGAGGAAGAGAGAGGAUAGGAAGAAGGGAUGAAAGACGAAAGAGACGUAGUUGUGAUUCUCAGGGUGUCUUAUAUUAAUCUAAUGUUCAGUCUGUUCUCCAGUCUCUCACUGGUGUCCUGUUGCCCCUAACUGAGCCCAAAGACGAUCAUGUCCUUCCAUGAUAAAUUCCUUGUACAAUUGAUUGACUACUGACCAAUUCCUCUCGAUCAGUUGAUUGAUAGUAUUGAUUGACCAGUUCUCUUGACAGAUGCUACACAGACAGUCAGGUGAAUGAAGCUAGGCACUGUAACUAAUGUUUACAACCCAAAUGAGACCAACAACGCUGUUGAAAGAAUGUCUAGGACUUUAAAAAAAAAAAAAGAAAAAAAUAAGAGAGGGACAAAUCUCUGAACAGUACUUAUUUCUAAAUGAUGGAACUUUUCGCCUACUUUCUAUGUGACAUGAGGUAAUGUAAUUUUUUUCAAUCAUUGCAUGUGACUAUUUUGAUUUGCAAUGAAACUGUUAGAAUGGAUGGUACAUUUGUGACGUCAGUGCAACGUUUAGAUGCCGAUGCUAGAAAUCAAUGUCGGUGUCUUAUAACAGUGUUUUUAUGUCGCCGUGAGGAGUGCUUAUGGACCAAUGAAUGCUAAAUGUGUGACCAUACAAAGCUGUAAAGGUUUUGUUUAUUUGUACAUGGUUAUGGGUAAAAUAAACCAUUGAAGCAAAGUAA